AUGACGGCAAGAAGCAUGGCUUCCACGGUAUCUCUUUACCUUAUCCUCUUCGUCCUCUUUGUCCUCUUCUACCGCCGCUGUUAUCGCUCAAGCAAAAAGCCAGCCGAAUUCAGAACAACUGCGGAAUGCCGCGCGAUAAUUGAUGGCUCCCAGUUCCCCGAUGCCAGAAAAAACCAACUCACUCGUCUCGAGGCUAGAGCUUUGCCUAACCAGCCACUAAUAGGGGCAUUCGGCAUAAAAAAUGCUUUUACGACUGGUAAUGAGGCCGAGGCGAAGGAUUUUGUUGAGAAUGUGCGUCGAUUAAUUGAGGUUUCGGCUGUUGACUGGCAUGGUCUUGCUGGCGCACUUCAGUGUAUGCUUGAAAGCAUAAUCGAAGAGAACCGCGAUGGAGCUCGAGUCAAAGUAUCGCUUACCCCGACUGUGCAAGCUUUGGUGCUAAGGGAAUCGUUUUGGAUCCUCUUUCAGAUGGGAGAGGAUGCCCACCUAGAAUUCAAGCAGCUUGCCGACCUCGGAAAAAUCACAAACAGCACUUGGGUGAGAAUGAAAGAAGAAAGAGCCUUGGAGUUCAAAGAUAAUAUUGUUCUCCAAGCUUGUCUCACCGCUGUCUUCGCGAAUCACAAGACCGACAUCAACAUUCUAGACCCUGGUUCAAACCCUCUGAAGUUGAUCUUGCCCAGCUUCGAGACUGUCUGGCGGAUUGUCCUAAGGCUGUUCAUUGUGCUCCACUGCCAUGAUAACGAAGACUAUAAGCGGGCCCUCCUCGAGUUCGUCCGGGAUCCUACACUUACCCAAUUUCGUCUCCGGCCGGACAAUGCAGUCUCUGUUGAAUUCCUCGUCAAAGAAGCACUACGCCUCUACCCACCUACGCGGCGAAUUCGACGUGCAUUCCAGUUUCCCGGCUCCAGUCCUAACAAUCAGAUUAGCAACAUUGGCAGAGCAAAUGUAGAAGCCUGCCAUCUCAAUGAAGAAGUCUGGGGUCCUGACGCAUUAGAAUUCAUGCCUGCUCGAUGGAGCAAGAUGUCUUCGGUGCAGAGGCGGAGUUUCCUGGCGUUUGGAGGUCCGCCGUUCCUAUGCCCGGCAAGUCAUGCAUUUGGGCCAAUGGUCAUUGGGCUACUUGCUGGUGUCAUGCUGGAUGUUUUUGGAAAGAUGAAUGGCUAUGGCAAGGAGUGGGUGCUGGGUUCAGAUGAUGAGAGGGAUAUGAGCGAAGUGCAUUCAAGAGAGAGACUAAGAAAUGAGCGGGAUGCUUAUGGAGGGCUUUUCCUUGACCUUUAUUCUAGACGUAUAGAUGUUAGUUCUUGA